UCAUUCGCUUCUGUGAUUUUCGCUCACGGAGAGCAAAACAAAAUCAGAAAUACAUAUCGGGAGAGUGAAUAGGAAAUUAUCCCUACACCGAUUCGCGCCAAUUCCUUGCGAAAAAAUAAAAUUCGGUGAAAUAAGACUCGAAUCAAAGCUAAUAAUACAUUUUAGCACAAGUGAAAAAGACGGCGUGCUGCCUCCAUUUUGUUUUUGUGUUUCGUGCUUGUUUUGUGUGUGUGCGUGUGAGCGAAUCGUGCAAGUCGUCCCCAGAAUGUGGAGGAGGAAGUAUGAAAAUAUGAAUUUAGGCAAGACACUUCAUAGACUUCAGCACUGAGCCAUGGAACGGGCAUCUUCAGAAGAGCCGGCCAGCAGUACCAAUGAAGCCAGAAACCUGAUAUUGGAAGUCGCGAGAAGUCGACCAGGAACGCAUGUUGCCAAGUGCAUUGAGGCCUACGAAGAGCAGCAGGAUUUGGCCUCGCUGGUCACCCUGCUUGAGGAGGUCUCGAAGAACACCGACUUCUCCACGGAUCUACGGAUAUCGCUCGGAUAUUAUAUUGAAGAUUUCCUGCGCUUCUGUCUGGCAAACAGCAAUGUGCCCCGGCGAACGGCCAUCGUGGCCGCCGGAAGAACCCUCCAGUACUGCGGCAAGAUCUAUGGAGACCGCGUGGAGUACAUGUACCAGGUGGUGGAGCAUCAGAUCGAGGCAUUGCUCACAUCGCAGCCUCAAAAGGAGCCGGCCGGCGAAAGCAAUGGAUCAGAGAACACUGCAUCGAGACCGGAGGAGCCGCGCAAGCGUCGCGCCAAGAAGCUAACCAAGAAGGAAGUGGAUCCCUAUUUGCUCACCAUGGAACCGCGUCGAUUUAGGACCAUGUCCGAUGAGAAGCGUUUCAAUACGACCGGCUUCGUUAAGUGCACGAAGAAUCGGACUAUAGAAUACCUUUACCAGGAUCAUAUGCCGCCCAAUCUGUGGCGUCACGCACCCAUUGUUGAUCCCCAGAACCCAUUGGAUCUGGAUGAAAAGAAACAGUACAAAAUGUUUACUUAUCAUGUGGAGCAUCGAUACAAUACCCUCCUGCCUGACAUUCCCUUUGAGCGGUUUAAUAUGAUCAAAGAGUACGUGCACACAAUUCAGAUGAACACCUCGGAGAUCCUUAAUGAGCACAUGACCACCAAGGAUUACCUGGAUGAGUGCAUAGCGCUGGAGAAUGAAAUGCUUGCCUCUCGAUACGGCGCCACCGUCAGGACGAGAAGAAGAAUGGACAAUCAGGGAAAACGAAUGCUUGAUGAAAGCGCCGAAACGAGUAUGUCGAAAAGGGCGCGGCUGGAGGAGGAUCAGGCCAUGGAUACGCUUGAAGCAGGGCUUACCGAAGCCAUGGAGAUACAUCAAUCAACGCUGAACGACAUCGACCAAUCAACCGACGAAGCUCAAGUGUCUAGAGAUUCUGGUCUUGGCGAAACAAUGAAUUUAACUCAAGAGAUCAGCGCCAUUAAUUCCACACUGGGCAUCAGUCAAGAAGACGGUACCUUUAAUGUUAGUCAGGUCGAGGACUCGUCCGUAAGCGUAAACCAGUUGGCGGACUCCGCUAUAGGCAUUAGCCAAGGGGAGAACUCCUCUCAGAUGGAGAACACUUCCCUAAGCGUUAGCCAAAAUGAAAACUGUUCGCUGAGUGUUGGUCAAGUGGAAAACCCACCACUGAGUAGCACGUUGGCUUUGAACGAGUCCAGCACAUUGGCCAUAAACGAGUCAAGUGUCCUUGACAGCACCAGAUUGGACUUUCCCCCCGUGAAGGAGGAGGAGCUCUUGCUUUUCGAUUUCGGCAUCGGCAUGGACGAUGUCUCAGAUUCUCAUCAUACAGUCUCGGCAGGCCAGUCUUUUGAAGAUGAAGGUGUUGUUCUUUCAGAUUUUGAAGAUCAGAGGCAGCGUCGUCAGUUCGAAGAAGCGGUGGUAAAUAAUGAUGCCGCAAUGACGGAUCUCAACGAGAUCAAGGUGGAAGCACAGCCAUCAGAGGAGCCAGAGGGAACAGCUCCCAUUAUUGUGAUGCAUGCCGAGGAACCUGUGGAUGUUCCCAGGGAAGUCUGCUAUCCCAUGGUGCUGAAUAUUUUCGGAUUUCCGACAAAGCACGUUCGCCGAAAAUGUAUUUUUAAACUAACCAAGGAGUAUGACAUAUUUAAGAAUUCGCGCCUGCCCAGCAAACGAGAGGCCGUCCCGAAACCACCUGCAGUACAGAGGACUCUGGUGUUGCGAACCGAAAGGAACCAAGAAAAUCAAAUGGAUGAGAUGCCCGGGUCGCCGGAGAGCUUAGAAUUUGAUUUGGAUAUGAAUUUUCUUGGCUUUCGACGGCGACCAACUAUGGACUCUGGCUUUGCCAUUGAUGACAUCGCAAACCUUUCAAGGACAAUUUCCCCAGACGUUGAAUCCUCUAGAAAUCCAGUGAAUAAAGGCAACACUGAAGGGGAUUCUGUUGAAGUGAAGGAAAAUGCUCCUAGUGAAGCGGCGAAUGCAGAAGCACCAUUAAAAACUGCUUCCACUGAACUAGCACCAGAGGGAGCUAAUAGUGCAGAUGCCACUACUCUUCUUGACGCGACUGAAAACAUUGAACUUGAAUCCGGAUUGGAGGCUACACUAAAUGCAGGAAUGGAUAGCGGGUUAGGAACCACAAUGGACACAGAAUUAAAUGCCACCGAUGGCGCACAACUUGACCAGUCAACGUUGGAAACUACAACGCUGCUAGACCAAUCCACAAUAAUUGACGAAGCACCAGUGGCUGCGGAUAAUAUAGAUGACAGAAUAGACGAAGCAGAAGGCCAGGACAAUGAUGAGGAAACAAGUCUGGAAUUCGACAACGCGGAUUUUACUGACUCCAGCACAAUGAUCCGGGACUGGCAUAUGCGAUUGGCACCCACCCUGGAGGCAGCCCAUGCGCGGCAGAAUUUUGACAUCAAAGAUUUGGGAACUGAGAUUUUGAAUGUGUGCAAGGCAGGAGUCAAUGGUCAGGCCACGUUAGCCGAUGUAAUGGCCGACAAGGAUCCCAGUAUCAUGUGUCGCUAUAUGCUAGCCUCCCUCGUCCUGACAAAUCACGGCAACGUAUCGUUGCAUUUCGAAAAUCACGACAAAAGCAAACCCAUCGAAAUGUCACAGUUUUGCAUGCAGCUAAAGAGUAUGAAACGUAUGGAAAUUCAUCCCGAGGAUGAUGUGGGCAACAUGAGUGCUGCUUCGACUUCAGCUGCUGCCAAGGCCAAGAGCAAACCGACCAAGCGGUUGUCAACAGAAUUGGCGUCUCCUGAGGUGUUUGCAAAAACAGUUCGAUUGAUACAGCCAGUCCCCAAGAUAAGCCAGUCUGCGAAUGACACCGACUCGGGAAUAUCGUCGAUGUGCUCCUCACUGACAUCGGCGCCCCAUGACGACUAGCAGAAGACUGUGUUGUUUGUGUGUUAAAUGUUGUAGAUUAGUUGUAGAUUAUAGAGGAGCUUUGUGUAGUUCAUCGGCGUCCCAGUAGUGUCUCUCGCUUCAAAUAAUAACUAACCCCCUUGCACCAUUUACAGGCUCGACAGACAAUGCACUUUUCCCAGACGUACCGCAAGGUCAAGAGGCUUGGCUAGCGCAAGGCAC